CUGUGGUUGUCAAGCAAACUUUUGCUUGUAGGCAAAGUACUCUGUCUGUAAAAUGUGUUGAUGUUUUUAGUCUGCAGUUUCCUGCAACAGGGAGCCGUGAGAGAUGAGUUGCGGUCGUGUGUCUGUGCUCCGGGAGGUCCGGCCCGGCACAGCACGGGUCCUCGUGACUGAGCUGAGUGGAUCGGGCCACAUCAACCCGACCCCUACCCCGAAACUGCGAGAGGACUAUAAAACGGCAGUGGGGUGUUACCUCUCUCAAGAAAAGCUGCAAUCGCUGUGUGGAACUCGGGAUCUCUCUCACGUGACCUCGCUGGAGAUCUGCGUGGACACGCAGGAGAACACGCUGGGUAACAUUGGUGCCUACUUGCCCAAGCUGGUGAAUCUCAAAAUGAACAACAGCACCAUCGUGUCCGUAAGAGACCUGGGAACCACCCUCUGCUACCUGCAGGUACUGUGGAUGUCUCGUUGCUCCCUCCAAGACCUAGACGGCAUUUGUACUUUCACUUCACUCAAGGAGUUGUACGUGGCCUAUAACAAUGUGUCAGACUUGAGUCAGGUUGGCAUGCUGGAGAACCUGCAGCUGUUAGAUCUGGAAGGCAAUGACGUGGAUGACCUAGUCCAGAUCCAGUAUCUGGGGUUGGCUGGUAAUCUCCAGACCCUCACCCUGGAAGGAAACCCUGUGUGUGCUCAACCAAACCCCAAUGCAAUCCAGAUGGCAGACUAUAGUUAUCGGGCUGCAGUGAGGGAGUUGGUCCCUCAGCUGCGUUACCUAGACGAUGUAAGGGUGGAGGAUGACGGGCUGAGCUCCAGCAGCACCAUGGGAGAGGACUGGGCCAUUCUCCGAGACUCCAUCAGAGACUGCAACUCCUCUCAGGCAGCUACUCAAGACGAGGAUUCAGCAGACGGUGCAUGUCCUUACAGCCGACCCGGCUCAGCCAGGCGCCCUUCUUCCAGCUCAUGCAUCUGGCCCCUCUUGUCAGCAGGCUCCAGACCCCACACUGGCUCCAGACCCCACACUGGCUCCAGACCCAUGUCAGCAUCCAGGCCUGGAUUUCUCUCCCCUACUGGAUCUAGACCUGGUUCUGCAGACUCAGAUCUGGCAUCAGUAGAAGCAGAAAGUAGCCUCCUUACGCAUGGAGCCGGCAAGAUUGUCUUCUGUGGAAACCCGGUCCAGGCUAUUCGAGCGAGGCGAGAAAAGUUGAGGACUGCACCUACCAGAUCUACUUUCACCCACCGUGACCUUCCCAUCCAUAUACCAGAACACACGUACGACCUUGAGGAGACUGAUGUUAGAGAACGCAUUGAUGUUUUUGCGGAGCUUAGAGCUUGGAGGGAGCAGCACCGCAGCCGUCUCCAGGCCAUAGAGACGGAAAGAUUACCACAGGUCCUGGCUAUUUGUUACAGUGAUAAAGAAGAGGGGGGAGAUGAUGAUGAUGAUGAUGAUGAAGAAGACAGCUUUUGUGAUGUAAGGAAGCACAAUAGUGAUGAAGCACAUGGAGCGGAGAAGCACGGUAGCAGCCGAGAUACUGCCUCACCAGUUUCCUCUUUACAGGGUCUUUCCCCAGCCCUGCAUCACAGAGAAGCCUUUUCCCCUGUGGUGGCUGGACUCUCCCUGUGCCCAGAUGCCACACUGUCCCCUUCUCCCCCUGGCAGAACCACUCUAACAACUGGAAACCACAAGCCACCAGGGCUGCGUGCACGCAGGCUUCGACUCAGCCAGACCAGCUCAGAACAUUUAUCUGAUCUCAGAGUCGGGCGCUCUCCUGGGACAACUGAUGCACCCUCUGGAGUUUCAGGUCUGUGUCUCCAGCAGUUGACUAUGGCCGACGAGCCUCUUCUGUUCCAGCCUGCAUACGUACCCCGCCCACCUCCAACAAGUGCCUUUGGUGAACGGCUCAUGGGUUCAAGUGCAAAGAUGGACUUAUCAAGGAAACAAUCUGCCAGCAAGCAUCUUCAAAUCCCUCAGAUGCCCAAACUCCUGGACAGACCAGCGAUUACCCGCCCUCACACAGCCAGGGCAGCUCUACAGAAACAUCUCCAGCAACACACACACCAGCCCAGCAGAGGGAGCUCACACCCAGACUGACACCCCGGUGGUCAGAGGUUUGUCUCUGUAUGAUCAGUGUGACAUUCUCUUCAGAGCAGAGUGAUCGCAUGAAGGCCAUUAAAGGCGUUCCUGUUGUUUGCUCAGUCACAGUAAACUUUGAGAUGGGUUGGAAUUUCUGGUAUUUGGCCAUAUGACGGUGUCUUUCUCUGUCUUUUUUGUUUAAUCAAGAUCUAUAAAAUAUAGAAAGCAUUCUCAGAAAUAUCAGGACAGACCAAGACACCACCUCCAGUUAACCCACAGUGCUUUAUCAUGGAGGAAUCCAUAUGGCUAACAGUGUAAUCGGAGGACUUGCUAUACUGAGAUUGUCCCUCUAAUGCUACUGAGUGGGUGGUUUUCUGGUGGCUGCUUUAGCUGGAUGAAAAAUAAAGGCGAUGUGACUAAUACCUCACAUUUGCAUUUCUCAGGAUGAAACUUAAGUGCUACUUUUUGUUUUGCUCAAAUAAAAAAACUUUUCAUAUUCACUUUCAUUUAAACUGAGCUGUAAGGUUGAUGAAAAGCAACAUGUGACAGCGAUUGUUUUGACAUUCAUGGUGUAAUGGGCACAUUUGGACACUCGAAGGCGCUAUCGAUAAACGUUAAAUCAAAAACUCAUUCCACUGUUUCACCCACCUUGGUUAACAAUCCUAGAAAUCCACCACCUUGAAACAUAAGUCAUUCUCUUUGCUGCCUGUUUGUCCACGUCCAAUGCAGAACCUUCACCGAUGGCUGUGUGAUUUAUCAUAUAGAUAUAUACACUAAUCAUGGCCCUGCACACUGCGAAUACAGUUUAAAAUGUUUCAUUGUGUAUCGACUGAUCCGCAGCAUGAGUAAUGGAGUUGAACAAAUCAAGUGCAUUUCGAGUUUUUAUGUUCUAACUGUGAACUAUCGUGUAGUUUCCUUAGAGCUACGGUAAAUUACCCAUCAGUUGCAACACGAAGGACACUCACAGACUGACUUUGUCCUGAGGCGCACUUCUGAUGAGAACCAGAGCGGCCGCCACAUCUAAUACCUUAUUGGUUCUUAAAGAACAUAUAUACACUGAUCUCAACAUGGACGUUUCCAAACUUCCCUGGUCUUUUGUAUGAAUACCUGACGUCAGCUCACGCACACACCAAAACACACACACAUUAAAGGGCACUUCCCAUAUGUCUGUCGUCUGUGCUUCAGUUCUGUGAAACAGAACCAGGAUGUAAAUAAAUGAGUCAAAGGAACAAACCACGGGCAGUAAUUCAACCUUUAGAGCACCACUAAUAGUCCUUUCCGCAGUGAUGGAUUGAAAGAUUUGCACAUGUCACACAGGAAUGUGUGAUGUGUGUGUGUGUGUGUGUGUGGGUAUCCACUCAACCAUUAAACCGCUCUCAUGGAACAUGUCAGCGCAUUUCUUAUCUUCUAUCCAUCACCUAACUCUACCAUCUUCAAUAAUCCUCUCUCAGGGCUGUUUCAUUUGUGGCAUCACUCGGCCUCGUCGCUGCCUGUCAGGUGUUUUCAGCCACACUCUCAUCUCGCUGGUGCUAAUCUGUCUCAGGACAGACGGAGGAGAGUGGAAUGAAAGGUGAGGCCUUUUAUGGUUAGAAAGUGGGACAGCGUCCACCCACUCUCUGAAUAGUCUGAAAGGGAUCGAUCUCCCAACUGGGUGGGACUGGUGGACCUCAUCUCCCCAGUUAUUACCAGAUGUGACAAACCAGGAGGCUUUGUUUUUUCCUCUAUGGCUUUUGGAUGUGCAAACUGGAUGUGGAAACCGGAAAAUCAGAUUAUAAAAAUGACAUUGUACUCUUCCACGGUAUGUCUGAUAUGGAGUGAAACAAUAGUUUCAGUAUUGUAUUGUUUUUUUUACAGCAAAUAUGUAUGUUUUUUGGAGUUACCACUAUUAUCAGAGGAAUUGAUUCUCCUGAAAAAGCAUCCGACUCUCUCUCUGUUAUGUAAUAAAAGAGCAUGUUGGUUGGUAGAACGAUCAGGGUCCAUGGAGGUGGUCUUUUUAACAAAAGUAUCUAAUAAAAAAAGACAAUUGUAGCACUGCAGCACCUCAUCACACAUUUACUUUGUGAAACCUUUUCCCCAGAGAUGAUAGAAAACAAAGGCAGGAUGACGCUCUUAAGUCCCUCUCUUUCGCAAACGGUAAACAAACUGCAUAUAUUUAUUUCAGUCUGAGGUGGAGAAAACUGUGUCAACCCAUGCUAUGAAUACCAUUAAAACAAAUAACAGAUGUGGUUGAUAUAAUUAAUUAAUAGUAGGUUGUUGUUGUGUUCCCCAAAAUAUUCCCGCGGCUUCAGAUGUUCAUAUGAUGAACGAUACUUGUUGUUUCUCUGUGUUGUAACUGUAGCUAACAAGAUGGGUGUGAAUACAUUGGCGGGGAAACACACACACCAAACAUAACAUUGAGACUGACAUGGAAUGCAUAUUACAUUUUUUUUUUUUUCAAAAUGUGUUUAUUUGGUUUUUCUUUUUUUUUCUCCUAAAAGGAGGAACAAGUUACAAAUACAGUAAACAUAUGAAACAUGUUACCAGACAACAAAAUAAAAAUACAAAUGAUAAAAAAUUAAAUAAAUUAUAUAAAAUGACACUCCAUACUGGAUGGCACACUCAUUGGUACAUUUGUGAGGGGUAUUUAGAGCAUAUUACAUUUUAUACCAUUGGAAGCUUCCUUUUUGUUUUGACGUGCGACGUGUCACUUGUCCUAGCAAGUGCUGAAACUGGAAAUACCGUACAGUAUGCGUUCAGACAGGCCGGGAGAUUCUGUUUGUAAAGUACAGUUGAGACAACUGGAGAACGCCGGGAGCAAGAUUCCAUUUUAUGCAAGAUAUUCAGACUCUAUAACUCGUUUUUCUGUUGAAACGUUUACAACCACGUGCAGACAUGCAGUAUAUAAUGGUAUAAAGAAAGCAUAAAUUAAAUGGCAAUUGCUGCUUCAUAUUUAGAGAUUUGUGAAUUGAAUCUUUGUGACAAAAAUGAUGUAACUGUAUGCUAAAACGAUACAUUUAAUGUAUACAGGAAGAUUAAUUGUCUCUGUAUUGUAUUGAUAUUACAUUAAAUAGUUGUGUUUAGGAGAUCUAGGGAUUACCUGUGGCUUAAAAGGAAGAGAAGAAAUGCUGCAGGACGAGGAGAGAAACCUGUUUUCUGGCCUAAUAAUAUUGCAUCACAUGAAAGUUAUAUUACAGUACCUUGGAUGUAUUUAUAGAAAUCAGAUAAAAGCUUCAUAAUGUGUUUGAUUAUCUAUUUCAGCAGAACAAAGCCAUGAGCAGCAGUUUAGUUUUCUGCUUCAAAAGGUUGUUUGUUGUUGUCGAGCAGUACUUGAUGACGACAACAUAUACAUUAGUUUUACUCUCAUGAGGUGACAUGUUUUUUUAUUUUUAUAAUUAUAAUCAGGUGGUUGGCACAGAAGAAGUGAAACAUUUGAGGCAGCACUCGAGGGAUAUGUGAUGUAAACCUUUAAUGCUCGGGUUCAUGUUGUGAAUAAUUUAACCUGUCUGCACUGCGUGUUUGGGACAACACGUGUGAGAGCCAGAAAACAAAGUUAAUUGAAGCAUUCCUGUAAAUCUAAACCCUCGAUCAACUUCAGUAAUGUUUAACAUGUGGUUAGUUCCUCUUUCUUUUGUUUAUGGAGCAACAUUAGCUUUAUUAAUGACAGUGUUAUGUGAUGAAAAGAUAAUUAAAGAAAUGUCAACCUUC